AUGGGAAGCUCAUUCGAGAUGAACAACUUCCCUUCUCCGCAAAUCUCAUCCCAAUUCACUUCAUCUUCUCAGACCUCUCUCCCCAUCGACCUCCCUCUCCCUCUCUGCCCGCCUCCAACAACGGCGCGGAACCCGGCCUCGCAGCGCCAAGAUCGGACGUGGGGACCGUCUUCGGACCGGUUCGCCGCCGUCGGCCCCGGUUGGUUCGCACCCAUCCAUCCACGCAUAUCCAGUAUCCGCAAGUCAGCCGAGCCGCGCGAUGCCAAAUACAGGCAGGCCGAGUCCAAACUGCCAUUUGUGCCGGAGCCGAAGGGUCAAGGCCGACCUCAGUGCCAAAGAUGCAUCAAGUACGGGGUCCAGUGCCCCGGCUACCGCGACGAUGACGGAAUGCGCUUUCAGAACGCCGAUCCCACCUCGUUUGAGCGACGGAAGAAGAAGAGGAACCACCAGCACCAAGACCAGGACGAUGAGGCGGCGUUGAUGACCAACUCAAGGACCGGGACCCUACAGAUCAUAGAAUUCACACCUGAAUUAUCGACAGCGGCAUCGAUCUCAACCUCGGCGUCCCCUGGGUCGAGCCGCCAACCGAGCCGGCAGUCCACACCUGCCACGAGCGUCACCACUGACACCACUACCUCGACGCAGUUAUCCGUAGCACUUCCCGUGCUCAAGACUAUCCGUCAACACUGGACUGCCGAAUCCAUCCCGCUGGUCCUGGGAUUCUACGAGAGCCUGGACUUUCUUCCAGGCUUGUUCAGGGGUGCCGGCCAAAACCACUGCCUCGUGCUCACCGGCCAGGUCUUUACCAGGGCCUACAUGAUUAACAAGUUCCGUCCCAGGGCCGACUAUCGCGAGCUGUCCAUCGUUCUCGGCCAUGCUCUGGCCGCGGUACAGGAGGCUAUCAGAAACCCGAAGACGUAUACUUCUGAUUCAACGAUCGUUGCGGUUUGGUUGCUUGGGAACUAUGAGCUGAUGAUUGGCGGGUUGGAACGGAGAUCGUUCAUUACCAAUAAAGAAAGGGGUUCGUCGCCCGAAGUUCCCUGGCACAUCCACGGCCAGGGCCUCCUCAGCCUCAUGCGGGCAAGGGGGGACCGGCAGCUCUACACCCGGUCCGGCCGUCAAAUCUUCUGGGUCAUGCACAAUAUGAUUCAAGUCCAACUCACGAUUGCAAACACACCUUGUCCCCCGGACUUUGAACGCUGGCUCGACAUCAUCGAAGCAACCCUCCAACCCAGCGAAGGCCUCCUUCUUCACACUGCCCGCUACCUCUCUGCAGCAUGCUCCCUUCUAUCAAAACUGAUCCCGCUAACACUCAGCGGCGAUGCCUCCCGCGCCCGGGCAGCAUACCCGGCCCUCAUUGCUGAGAGCGACCGGGCAGACCUCGCCAUGGCGGAGUGGAUGCACGCGGCGCCCGAGUUCCAAUUCGAACCGGGGCCGAUGUGGGGCUACUUCUGGAACUCGUGGCGGAGCGCAAGGAUCAAGGUGCACCACAUGAUCAUUCUUAUUUCGAAUCUCGUCGAGUAUGGUGAGCCGUCGCUGGUUCCGGAAGAUUACGACGUAGACUGUGGUGGGUGUCCGUUGUUGAACCCGGAAGUCCUUCACGCCCGCCGGGAAUUCUGCAUGGGCAUCAUCGCGACGGCCGGUCGGGAUGUCGUGGAGGGGAUACCGAGGUCGUUGGGCGGGAAAAUGCCGGACCUAGACCCGGAUUUGCCCUCGUCGUAUUUCGAUGGCGUGAGGUUGAUUUGGCCGCUGAGCCACCUGUACAUUCUCCCCACGGCGCCGCGGCACCUGCGAAUCGUGGCAAGGGAUGCGUUGUUGAGAAUCGCCAAGGAGAAGGGGAUCUUGACGGCGUUGAAGCCGAGGGCGGGCGGGAUGCUGUUCCCAGAGGCGGCGUUGAGGGGCAUCCCGGUGGAUAAUCUGGAGGAUGUUAUUGAGGGCGGCGGAGGAGUGCAUCAGAUUGCGACCAAAGUUGAGGCGCAGGAUUGA